AUGAGCCAAUAUCGAAAGCAGCUUGAAGAAUUCAUUGCUGCUUCCCCACAGCUCAUUACUCAGCUAUCUGAGUUCGAAUUCGGUGAUACUAUCGGUAAAGGUGGCUUUGGCGAAGUUAAAAGAGCAGUUGAAAAGAAAACAGGACGUGAAUGUGCAGUUAAAACUAUAUUCACAGAACGACUAGAAGGAAAUAAGUUACGUAGAUAUCUUGGAGAAGUCAAAACUAUGUCACAAUGCCACAAUAUGUUUUUGGUCCCUUUCGUUGGAUUUACAGCAGAGCCUCCAUAUGCCAUUAUUACAGAGUAUAUGUCGAAUGGAUCUCUUGACCGUUUCGUCAGGAAUCGUUCAGGCAUGUCAUUAUCUGGAACUCAAUUAACAGCCAUUGCCAUUGGAAUAGCCAAUGGUAUGAUACAUCUUCACAAAAUAGGAAUCAUACACAGAGACUUGAAGGCUGCUAAUAUCAUGCUUGACUCAAGAUUGUUCCCAAGAAUCGGAGAUUUUGGCAUCGCAAGGUUCGGCGAAACCGACGGAGGGAUGACAGCAAAAAUAGGAACUCCAAACUACAUGGCACCUGAACUCAUCACUUCACACGAUUAUAACGAGAAAGUCGAUGUUUAUUCUUACGGAAUGAUUUUAUAUGAAAUGACACAAAACGUAAGACCAUUCAAAAACAUGAAAAUGGAAGAAAUAUUCGAUUUAGUACUCAAGAAAGACAGAAGACCUACGUUUUACCUUGAUUUACCCGAUUCUUUGAAAGCAUUAAUAGAAGCUUGUUGGGCUACAAAUCCAAACGAUCGACCAUCAUUCGAAGAAAUCUACAAUGCAUUUGUGAGAGGCGAAGUUGCGUUUGAACAUACAAGAAGAAAUGAUAUCGAAAAAUUCAUACAGACAAUCAGCAUUGAACAAAACCAAACAGAUUCGAAAUCAUCAGAGAAAUCAAAGAAGAGUUCAUCUACGAAAACAAAUCAAAAUCCAGUCCAAGGAGAUUCUUUUCAGAAUUUCGAAGCAGAAACAGACUGGCAUCCAGGAGAUGGCAAUAAUAACGAUGAGGAAGAGGAAUAUUACUAUUACGAAGAAGAGGAAGAAGAUGAAUAUUCUUCAGAAGAAAAUGUCCCAGAUAACUCAUCUCCAGCUCAAAUUUUAUUAGAUCCAAAGCAUCCUAUGUUUGUUAAAACCGUUGAAAGCGAAGCAAGUCAAACAAAUUCGACAAAUUUCUUCAAAUUCUACAGACCAACCAGCCAAUACUUAAAACGUAAAGUUCCACCAGCAUCUCUCAAAGCUGUCAUCAGAGCUUACCUUUCUUUAAUGAAACGCGAUAAAACACUUAUUCCUUUGUUUAAUCAAGCCCAAUUCUUCGUAGUCGUACCAACAAACAAUCCAGAUAUCAUGCAAGAUAUCGUCGAUUGUUUCCAAUGCUUAUUUUUGGAUUAUCCAAGAUUCAUUGGUCAGGCACAUUUGGCUUCAAUAACAGAAUUACUGAUAAAGAACCCUGACAAAAUGCUUAUAUUGCAUUCGUACUACGUAAAGAACCUCUUAUCGCUUCCAAAUCCAUGGCCACUUCUCGAUAAUUUACUUACAGUUCAGAAAAUCAUGCUGAACAAGCCUUGUGGGUAUCUAUACUUAGCUUUAUUCUCUUAUCUGAUUACGACUUACGAGCUAUAUGCUAAAGAAAGAGCUGUUCAUGUCCGAAUAAUUUUCUUAUCUUUCAUUAACUCAAAAGUUGUGGAGAAUGUUAAAGCAGCAUAUGAUGGUAUGUCAAAACUAUACACAGAUUAUGCUGGAAUCGACUUUACAAAGCUGAAUCAACAUUUAAAUAACGAAAAGAUUUGGAAAUCGGCUUUAAGUCUUCUUCUAAGGAUCGAAAAUGUUCCAGCAACCAAAGAAAUGAUCACUAGUUUGAUCAAUUUAACAGAUAAAUCUCCAAAAUCAUGGAUUGUUAUUCUAAACAUCGCUUCUACACCACCAGGUGAAGAGAUAUUAGUUUCUGAUACAAUCUGGAUGGAGAAAGCCUCAAAACAUCCCUUAGAUGUAAUGAGAUUAUUCCUUAUCUUGUUUAAGAACAAGAACAACCGGCAAAAUCUUGCAUCAUCACCAAGAUUUGCCUCAAUGAUGAAGAAUUUGAUCACAAAGAAAGAUAAAAGUGCACAUACUGCCAUUGCCACGGUAAUUAGAAGACUCCAAACAUCGCAAGAGUUCAUUGACGAAUUAGAAAAGUCAGGAUUUCUCAAAUCAUACAUAGAAAGUGCCGAAAAGUCGAAGAACCACAAAUUAAUCCGAAAUGUCCUCAACAUGUUCGAUUAUCUGGCCAGAUCUGGGUACUCAGAAGACUAUUUACUGCUUAUUCUGAUGCUCAUCCAACAAUUACAGCAAAAAGAAAACGUAACUGCUGCAUUGACAGUUAUUGUUACACUUUCAUUCCAUAAACAAUGCGCUCAGAAGUUUGCAGAGCAAGAUUUGAAGCAGUACUUCCAGGAACUUUCAAAUUUCGAAGAAUAUCGAUCUCUAGCAAAUUCUUUCCUUGCUAACAUUAAUAAGAUCGAUUCAUAA